GUCGCGUCUCUGAGAUAGCUUCAUAACCCGUCAUCAUUCCGCUGAGCUCAUCCCUGGCCUCAGAGCCAGCAGGAUAGCAUGUCCUAGUGGCAUCAGGGAUAUCCAUCAUCAUCAUCAUCAUUCAUAUCAUUCAUUCAUAUUCAUUUAAAAGCCCCCAAGAGGAGGCUAAAAGCUCGAAAAAUCAUCAAGAAUUGAGACAACCGACGCGAGGCGUCGGCGACCGCAAAACUUCAUGAAGAAUCAAUAAAGAAUCAACACAUCAAGGCGACGAAGAACCAACCCGUCAAAGCGACGAAUUUUCACCAACAACACAAAAAUGAAUCAAAUCAACGGCGCCAAUCAGGCGACUAACCUGCUCAACAAUACAAUCAUCCUCGAGACAAUUACCCUCGAUUCAAUCAGACCGCUAAAGGGACGCGAGAAUGUGGACCUGUGGGAGGACCACGUACGCUGGGUGCUUGAAGCUAGUUUCUGCGAAGACCUGAUCAACAAAGACAUCCCAAGACCUCUUCUGAAUGAAGACCGUAAUAGUGAUUACGCGCUUUGGGAUAAGGCAUCUAGGCGCAUUAAGGUGUGGCUAGGACUUAGCCUGGAUCCUACCAUUCAGAGAGAAGUUAAGGUUUCUGGCCUUCCCCAAGUGUACGCAGAUGAUUUCUACCACGCUAUUAUCACUUGCGUCAAAGGUGCCGCCAUCUGCCAAGCAACAGACUACUAUAUCCAGGCGACCCGCAUGAAACGUUCUGAUUACAACUCAGUCAAUCAAUACAUUCAAGAAUUCGUCAAUGCCGUCAAUGCCGCGAACCUGCGCCCUGCCACGAUCAUCAAACCUCUCUCUGCAACAAUGAUCUUGAUCGAUGGCCUAAAGGAUGACAUUCCCAUGUGGGCUGAAAAUACUCGACAUGAACUUUAUAAACGCAUCGAUAUUGACGAGCUCGCGGAAAAGGAAUUCCUUCGAUACUGCAAUGAAGCAAAGGAUCGAUGCCGAGAGCUUGAACGUGACCAUCUAAAGAUCAUGGUUGCUAAGGCACCUAGGGCUCGCCUACAGACGACUCGCAAGAAUUCACCCCCCAGAGACGUCAAGCAUUGGAAAUGGGUGCUUAAGUGGAUCAACUCAGAAAAGCAACGUGUCAAUGGAAAAUGCGCUUUUUGUGAAACUGGCGAGCAUGAUGCUAAAAGCUGCUAUUACCUAGUGCCCACUAUACGCCCUGGAUCCUGGACACCAAGGUCAGACAUGUGGUGCUAUAAAGCACAGAAAACUAAAGAAAAAUCGGCAUCUGAAUCCCACGUCAGAAUAGCCCAAUACACUAAAAAAGAAGCUUCGUCUGGAUCCGAUGAUGAUGCCUUCGAUAUGGGUGGCUUCACAGGCAUGGUUAGGGGCAUUGAUCAGGAAUCUGAUCAUAAAUCCAGGCCUAACUCGUGUGUGGCACCCACAACUUCUAAGUCUAAUCGACGUACUCCACCCUCGACAUUCAACCACAAGAGAAUCAACUACAAGAAGAAAAUUAAUGAUAUUCAAGAGGAAUUUCUCGCGCUUGGACGAUUGGAAGAACAUCAAGAUUUAAAGGAAUUACAGAAUCUGCUGAAAAGAAUCAGGGAUAUCGCCUACAACGGCCUGGGCAAUGUCAAUACCAAUGACCCCGUCAUGACCCCUACAGACUCUGACGAUUAUGACGAAAACGAUUGAACGAUUGAAUGACAUGAUGAUCACUAAUUGACCAAGGAUGAAUGAAUGAUUUGAUAUGCUUUAUGAUCAUGUACAAUAAUAGAAUUCCUAGAUAGAUGGAAAGCUCAGCGAAGGGGGGUAUGUUGGAGGUCGCUGCCUAGUUAGGCUUAGCGCCACCACUUGCCUUCUCUUCUCGCCUCGCGCAUCCUAGAUAGCUUCAUCAUCCAUCAUCAUUCCGC